GCAACUAUGCUCAGACAAUCGUUUAUUUUUAGCAAACACAAAUUUUAAGCAUAGGGAGAGACAUCGUCUAACAUGGCGACCCCCUACACCAAACCAACGAUGGACUUAAAUAGACUAUAUUGCCAUCAGUCACCGUUGGAGAGGGUCGGUAGAAGAUUGUCGCUCAUUCUGGAGUACCUGCUUGGACUCCGACCACGUCCUAAUACGGGAACGCAUCUGCUUGCGCCUCACUGGACACAAAAAAGCCUCAGUAAAAAGACCCAUUCGAACUGAGUUGAGUAACGAGGAAACCAAAAGUAGGUUCGAGGAACAACUGAUGUGUAGCAUCAAUAGCGUUAUGGUAGGGAAGAAAUAACCCGAAGCGUUUGCUUUUUCGAUGUCAUCCAAAAUAAAACUCCAGUCAAAUCAUAUAAUUGUUUAUUCACUAAAUAUGCGUUAUUGGGUCUCUCAAGCAACCUACAUAUGUCAUUGUUAAUGUUCAAGAUGAUCGUAUAUUAUCGUCUAGAAAUUUCAUUUAAUCGACUUUUCGAUAUCUUCGCACAAACGUUGAGAAAAUACCGGAGGAGUCAGUAAUUGGAAGCUGUCAUAGAUGUGUAAAUCAAUCAAAGGAAGUUUUUGAAAGUGUACUAAGGUAUAGCCAACAAGUACUACAUGGUUGGGGAGCGACCACUUCAUAUACAGUUCCCGUCAUCUUCGAAAAAGCAAAAACAAAUAUUUGAAAUGAGUUGGUGGAUUAAAUAUGCACUAUUAGUUUCAUCAGAUUCUGAAUUUAUAUGGUCCUGCUUAUUUACUGGAUUGUUCUUAAAAUGAAGUUAGACGAAAUAACACCCGAAGAUAGCCUCGACAGUGUUCCGGAAAGUAUUUCAUCAAGUCUAGUUGGCAAUACAUACGCUGUUGAGUCAAUAAAUGAUGUCUUAAUAAUGCUUUCGAGAGAGUCUGGCUUUUCCGAGCUAUUCAGCGAAAGUGAACAGAAAUGGUUCGAAAAUUUUAGAAAUAUAUCGAAUCUUUCCAAAUCAUUGAUUAUUCGCUUAUAUGGUCGAUCUCAAAAGAUUUUCCGAAAAUCAGACCUCAUGAAAAUUAUUCCGAAUGAUAUUGAUCAGUGCUUAAGAGAAUUAAACGGUUUAAGGUUUCUUUGUACAGAUAUGCAGCCGUUAUCAAGCGAAAUGUUGAUACAUGCUCUUAACCGUCAGGAGCUGGACCAGUUAGCUGGGAUGUACAACAUCAAGAAUUUCAAAAGUUUAACAAUGAUUCAGUUAAGAGACACCUUGUUGAAGACUUCAUCUGUUUCACCUAUGGCUUCAUUUUUCAAAGUUUCUAUUCAGAGUAAAGAUAGACUUAAAGGAUUAAUAACUCGAAUUCUUCAUGGUUGCUGGUAUGUGGACGAGACAUACACGCAGUUAAUUACUCAAUUACUUUGGUUAACGUCUCUUGGUUCUGAAUCAGCAUAUAAUAGACCGAAUAAAUUGCAAUCGAUUGAAGCCAUUAUGAAAGCUGAGCUAUAUGCAAUGAUGCUUGUCCGUCGAGGUGAACUUGUCUUUCCGUCAUAUGUAGUCAAUCGUAAAUCUACAAUAUAUCGUACAAGUGACGAAUUCCAAAAGUUUCUAGAAUUCAUGAGUUUGGAAAUCCGAUUAGAAUAUUUAAUUAGUCAAAAAUCAUAUGAUCUUGCUUUACAAUUAUGUUUGGAUAAGAAAACUAAGUUAAUCGAUGAAGUUAUGAACCUUUCGUUUCGUCGCAUUGAUCUACCUCAGUUUCUACGGCGUUUCACUUCACCAUACCGUGCAUUUCGUUCAUUGCUAUUAAUGAUCGAUAUAUAUGAACGUCAAAGAAAGUAUAAUGAAGCCAUUAAACUAAUUGAAACAUUAUUAUCUUUAACUUGGUCACUACAUAAUGAUGACAAAUUUUUAAACUUAAAAUUAACUGGUUGUGUUCUAGAUCAACUUGGUCCUUGUCGUUUAGGCUAUCUGUUAAAUCGUUAUAUCAUUAAUCAAGGCACACAUGAGAAACAACCAAUUAAAGCAUUUAAGUAUGUGACUAAUUACUUCAAAUUAUACAAUGAAUGUCAGUGUCUUAGAGCUGGUCGUCGUUUAACAAUUCAUGAACAGCUGAUGAAAUUGUUUGAUGGAGUGAAAAAAGAAGAAAAUAAUCACCGUAGAUCAAAAAAUGGUCAUACUAUUGCUGCUACUACCACUACAAAUGUUACUAAUAAUAGACCACCGAAUGCUGGUUGUAAUAAAAAUAAUGCUUCUGACUGUAAUGAAAUAAAAAAUACAACCACUCAAGUGAAGCGUAAAAGAAUUCAAAAACUUGUCAAUAUUGACAGUAAAUAUUGUAAGAAUAACAAUCAUAGUACUGAAGAGGUUUAUCAUACAAAUGAAAUUUUUAUUGACAGUGAAAACGAAGAACUACUCACGGUGAUACCUUCGCUUGUGAUUGAUAUCAAAGAACCGCCUAAAGUAAACCUAAGUAACUUAAAAUUCUAUUCCUUGAUAUUGUCUGGUACAUAUUUAUUAAUUAAUUUAUAUAAAAUUUGAUUUUGUAUUUAAAAUUAUUCGAUAUCUUUUAUAAUGUUUGGUAUUACUCGACAAACGAAUCAGUUAGUACGUCAGUCAUAAAUAACGUAGAACCAAUGAAUUCAUGAAUUAAAAAGUAUGUAAUAAUAUUAGGACUCAAUAUUCAGCGUAAAACAAAGAAUGUAUGUGUCUGGUGAAUUUUAAACCAUAUAACUCAGGGUUGUCAACCUUGACGAUCGAUUCCGUUUUUCCUCUCAAGUCUUAGACAGUCAUUGACUUAAUGAACUGAUUACAUCUUUUUGCUUAUUUUGCCGUUGCCUUCUUUCAAUCUACUACAAUGCUCAAUUGUACAGUUAUUUGUGGGUAGAUUAUAUACUAGUACUCGAAACAUACGUAGUUCAAUCACCUCAGUCAUAGUUUUAUCAUCUGACUUCUUGUUUAUACGUUGUUCCCUACUCCAGUCGGAUUUAAACUUUGUAGUUCAAGGGUAUCAAUGCUAUUUCCAGAUUCAACCUCUUGCGAUACCGUGGAUGUGGACUCCUCGAAAGUCUACUUACUUUCAACAGUUCGUCAUCUCAAGUUAUUCUGUAUUGAGAAUUAACGUCAAACUGAGCUAUCAAUAAUCUUCUAUAUUUUUUUGUGUAUUAAGUAUUUUGUAUGUCAGGUUGUUACUUAGCCGAAAAAACAGUUUGACAGUCUAACUUUUUCUCUUCUAGUAUUGGUCUAUUAAAUAGAUUACAUGAAUAAUAUAAUUUUCGUAAGCAUCACUUUUUCACUUCGUCUCAAUACAAACAAUCAAUCAUAUACCAUCAAAUAACUAUUAUACUUCUACUCAAUAGCAUAGUGUUAGCGUAUGAACGGUCAAUCAAAUAAACAAAUCAUUUAAAUUUUUCAAUUUUAUUCUAAUGAUUUUCAAACUGUUUUCUAUCUUGUGUCUUGACCUUUCUUUUUCAAUCACUGUCGUAUUGAAUAAAUAUCAACUUGUAUCGUGUUAAUCAUGUCAUUAUCACUUCUGAAUGUUUGAUAAAGUAAUCAUUUCUUAGACCUAUCAUAUUAAUGUAAUCAUAGUAAUAAUAGUAAAUUUACUUGCACAUAUUUCAUAUGUGCUUUUAAUGUUAAUAGGAACAAUUAUUUGGUAAUUCAAACGCCUAACUUUCAAUACCUUAAUCCUCUUGAAUUCCGAUCCCUCUUCCAUUUUAAUUGGACUAGCUAUUUAGUUUCGUUUUUCUGCAUGUAAUAAGCUUGGUUUAAAGUUCAGUACAUUGAUUUAUGCCUGAUUAUUGAAUGAAAAGUGUUUUCAAUGUUAAAUUAUCGUGAUCAAGCAGGUUUUUUGUUUUUUCUCGAGAAUCAAAUCGAUUUCUAUACAGUGAUUAUUCAUUUAGUUAUUUCAGUAUAUUAUUAGAGAAACAAUUUCCUUUUUUCAAACUGAAAUCCUAUGAGUAUGAUUUAGUAAUGAGAGGUAUACAUCUAUAAUAGGUUUAUAUUCAUAAUCAAAUACUUAAGGAUUCCUAGUGGAAAAAGUUUCAUCUUUCAGUAAGACAUUUUUUUCUGACAGGAAAUUAUUUAUAUAUAGAGAGAGUUUGGAGUGUAUUUCAUUAUAGGUAAAUAACCAUUUUCAGCAUUUUACUUGUGUUUUUUUGUCAAGGUUGAAAUUACUGCUCCUGUUAAUGCAUCAGCUAAAGAAAUCGGUACACAUCGUCCACAUUAUGUAUGGUUUGAAAAUACUUCACCGAAUAAACUUCAACAACAGCGAUCACCUCAAGAAUCCAAUACUUUGUUACUUACAGUUGAACAAUGGACUGUACGCUAUUAUAUGGCUAAUAAAAAUUUUGAACACGGCAUACAUUGUGAAUCCCAAAUAUAUCAUCUUUUAUUCUGCAUACUUUUUUAUGAUAUUUUAUUCGAAAUAUCACCAUCUCCACCGGAUGUCUUCUAUUCAUAUCGUCAGUCAGCGCCAUUAGAUUUAUUUACAGAUGAAUUUUAUCAGUCGAGAAAAGAUUUAAUCGAUGCUAGAUUGCAAUGGCUCUUGGCUGUUGAUCAAUCAGAUGAUCAUUCUAAUUCUUUGGAAUUUCGUAUUCAUACUUAUUGGGAGAUGCAUAAUGGUGAACGUUGUUUGUGGGCUAAUUGGGAUUUAUUGAAAAAUUCACAGGAGCUUAUAGAUAUAUUUUGGUGUCUUGGACCUUGUGUCGUUCACGAUGUUUGUCGUAAAUUAGCUACAGACUACAGAAGUUGGAGGUCGGGUCUUCCUGAUCUUUUAUUAUGGAGUCCUACAGAAACGCGAGCUAAAAUUGUAGAAGUUAAAGGACCCGGAGACCAUUUAUCCACUCAACAAAUAAUGUGGCUUGAUGUACUUGUCCGGGCUGGUGCCGAUGUAGAAAUCUGUUUAAUAUCAGCUGAACCACUAAAAUCGCUUCGUUCAAAAUUCAACUAUUGAAAUGGAACAAAAGAACAAGAUUUAAUUAUUAUUAGAAGUAAUAAGAUUUAAAAAACAGUAUACCGUUGAAUUAAAUUUUAUAUCAUAUCAUUUUCAAAUCUGUCUACAUCAUGAUUCCCCUGUGUUUUCGAGUCUUAAUAAUAAAUACUUUCAAAGAGUAAAAUUGUCUUUCCUUUCUCUUCUGAAUAGUUUUUGAUUUAGUCAAUGAGAACGUUUUUUUCUCAGUUUUACUGAUUGUCUUCUCGAAAAUAAAGUAUAAUUUAAGUGGAUUAUUUAUUAGAAAAAUUCUAUAAAGUUAAAUGAUUACCUGUAAAACAGACGAAUACUAAAUCGAAUCAUUUUUUUAUUAAUAAUAUCAUCAUUGAGAUCUGUCGUUAGAAACCUAUUAGUUGUUGCAU